UCCGUCCGUCUGUCUGCCUGUCUAAUCUGAACUCAGUGUGGCUUUUGCUGUGCUAAGGGGAGGGUGUGUUGCUCGUUGCUCCGGGCUUGUUCAUGUGUAUAGAGUUCCAGCAUGAGAGUGUGGCGGGUGGUGUGGUAGGGGUCGCGAGGGUCACCGCUGCAGGUCAGGAGGGAGGAGGAGGAGGAGCCGCCCCAGGGACGGCCGGGGAGGGAGGAGGAUGCAGGUGCACAGCGUGGUGUCGGAGGCGGUGGUGCGGCGGGCCUUCUGGGUGGAGUGGUUCCACAACACGCCACACAUCAACCUCACGCUCCAAUACGUCAACUCCACCUUCAACCCUUUCUCCCCCAUAUACCAAGAGAGCCUUGGAAUCAUUGGGUCGGUCCCCGCUGGGCUGCUGAUCUUGACGCUGCUGGUGCUGUUGCUGUACCUGCUGACGCGAUGCUGCGACAACCGCCCACGCAAGCCGGGCUCCAUCACCUGCCUCAAGGUCACCCUCGUUCUCUUCGCAAUCCUGACGCUGGGUGCGCUGGGUGUGAGUGUGUGGGGGAACGAGGAGGUGCAUGAGGGGGUGACACAGACGGUGCACUCCCUCAACAACAUCAGCAGCAUGGUGCACUCCCUCAGCAACCAGACGUACAUGUUUGACGAGACGAUUAGAAAAAACUUGGAGCCACAGCUGAACCUCUUCAAAGAGACAGUCCAGCGAGAGAAGAUUGACAACUCCACCGUGAAAAUGUUCAUCAUAGAAAGUCUUCACUACAUGCAAGGGAACAUAUCAGAAGUCCUUCUCAUCAAUGUGGAUGAUAUUAACUCUAUGAUGUCCGGGGCAGAGAUGGGCGGCCUGGUGCGGUUGCUGGGCUUGGGUGAGCUGGGCCGGUGGGUGGGCACGCUGGGCUUGACAGGCAUCCUCAUGAUGGUGGUGCUGGUGGUGAUGGUGGGCGUGGCGCGGCACUCCAGGUGUACACUCAUCACGUUUUCAGUGCUUGGACUCCUGGCCAUGAUCCUGUGCUGGGGCCUGACUUCACUCUACCUGGUGACCUCUGUUGCACUAUCAGACUGGUGCAUGGACCCAAACCCCUUCCUGGAGGAGCAACUUGGCAAGCUGGUUUCUGAGAAGGUGCCCUCCUACUACCUCCGCUGCGACCCCACCCAGGCCUCACCCUUCACCCGCUACCUGACCCACGCCCAGCAGGCCGCCAACAUUGUACUCACGUCCCUCAGCAGAGUCACCCGCAUCGCCGAAGCUCACUAUGAGUCCAAACUUAUUCACCCUCGGUUGGAUCACAUAAGUGCGUUUGUGAACCAGUCUCAGCGCAGCCUGGGGAGGGUGGCGGCCCUGCUGGAGUGCCACAAGUUGCACCACCACUACCACACGGCCCUGAGUGCCACCUGUGACCAGGCAAUGUCUGGUGUGGUGUACCUGUUAUUGUCGGCUGCUGGCAGUGGCCUCCUCUUCACCAUCCUGGUCUGGUUCACCUCCCACACCUGGAUCUACCUCAACCACAAAGCUGAACCUGGGUCCUGCGAAGAGCGUGACCCAUUUUUGCCGGGUCGAGGGUCAAGGGGAGGGACCCUCACCUCCCUAGGGGGUCCGGGGUACUCCAGGCCGCGCCACUCCCACACGCCGCCCCAGACGCCGCCCUUCCCGGGAACCUUAAAUGGUCGGCUCUACCAUAGUGACGGGAUGGGAAGUAUGGGAGGAGGCAGUGGGUCCGCCCCCACCACAGUAAGUACAAUGGGCAGAGGGGACAACCACCACCACCACAACCACCACCACCAUUCUCAUAGUCACUCUCUGGGCCCCAACCAUGGCCAGUACGCCACCCUCUCCAAGCAGUGCAAGACUCUCGAAUCAUCUGACUUCUACUAAAGGACGCUGGGCACCCCGCUAACUGCAUGGUUCUCCUCACAGUGUUUUGUAGUGUCCCUUGGUUGGUUCUCCUAACAUGCAGAAAACAUUAAACAGUUCUAAUAAUGCUGUUUGUAGAUUGUUCAGUGUCAGCAUGUGGUGAAGUACAAGUGUAUGGUUUAUUUUGUACCGGAGAUGUCUGGCCAUGUCAUCUAUGGAGCAGUUAGUGUCUCUGUACCACUCAAGCUGUUCUGAGGCAGCAACAAGGACAGUAUCGUCUGCAGGCUGACCACAGCUGUGAGGGGAACUGCUUCUUGGAUGAAACAUGCUAUUGCCAUUUGUUAUUCCAAUUCCAGUGUCGCUGUAGUGUUGUUGUUUGGUGUCUUUCCUCGCCAUCACUCACUCAUCUUUGAAAAAAUUUCAUGUCAGUGUAAUUUGUGUCCACCUAUGAUCAUUUUGCUGCAUGCUUCCCAUUAUUAACAUUUUGUAUGCCUGGACGUUCAAAUCCUUCCCAUGGUAACACUCAUGCUAUCAGUGUUGCUUUGCCUGGACAUACAGUGGAAUGUAUUGAAUAAUCAGUUAUUACAUGAUUUCGAAGAGUUUGGAAAGAAAAAUUCUUAGCUCACUUUGAUGAAAUAAAUGAUAAGAAGCAUUUUAUCUCUCCAUCAUUGCAAUGCUUCAGUAAUGAUAUGGAAUAGUCAGCCUGCACAUCUGGAGGGAUGGAAAAGUAAUAUUCUACUGUAUUUUUCUUUGUUGUUUCUUUUCUAAGAAGUAACAUAAACCACGUCAAUAUUUGUUGCCAUGGUGCACUGUAGAGGUAAAUCUGCCAGUGUCUUUAUUGUUUGACCAGUUGACAGACUGUAUUAAACCUUUUUCCUCUUCAUGUUUGUACAUACUCCAUAGAUAUUGUUUUGUUUAAUAAAUGUUAUUAUUUAUUGAGCACUUUGGGACCAACUGUUUGGGAACUUGGUCAUGUUGGCACAACUUGUAAUGCAACCUCAAACAAUUACUUCCAACCCUUGACAUUAUUUGCAACUAUUAUUAAGGAAAGAUGAUUUAUGUGUAUGUGGUCACAGGUGUUUUUUUCUGCGCAAACAUUAUGAAGUGUUUGCAUUUUCAUACACAUUUCUUUCACACAAUUUAUUAUACCAAUGAGCUAAAAUGUGUUGGGUGUAUACAAGGAUAUUCUUUGUUAUACUUAAUAUUUUAUUGUGUUGUUCACCAUCACCUUCACGUUAAAUUUUAGGUGACUGCAAAUGCUUGGAGAUUAUCAUUACAGUGAAGAAUAUGUUAUGGUUUGCUUUUGUUGCUACUCCAAAGUGUUCAUACUUAAUCCUUUCACCAUUGUGUAAAUAACAAGCCACUGAGUAUGUUUUCCAGUCUGCACACACCAUCCAGGAAAACAAAACUGCUCUGGAAAUGUGUGUGUACAUAUAAAAAUGAGAUUGUGUAAAAAUCAAGUAUGGUACACUGUUUUGUCAACAGUUUAGUUUAUGCCAUAGCUCAGUAAUCCAGAGUGUUUUCCCCCUGACGUGAAUGAAUACUAGCUGGAAUGGUGCAUACAGAAUGGCAGCCAUCCUCUGUGCGCUACCACCACCAUUGUAUUUUACACCAUAGCCCUGAAGCAGCCAUGUCCCUGGAGGCACAGGAAUAACUAAUGCUCUUGUGAAGAAAAACAGAAGUACUAUUAGGACUCCACUAGGUUUUGCAGUUGCUUAGUGACCAUAUUCUUUUCCCCUCAUUAAAGGAGUCAGACCAAGGGCAAAGCAUUUAUAUAUAAUAGGCACAAUAUUUAUACUAUUAAUGAAUCUCAUCUAUAUUUCAUACAGAGAGCUGUACAUGAAGGUGGUAUACCUGUAUCAAGGCAGUUCACUUGUAUUACAUUCAUUUCUCUAUGGUGUCUAAGCACAGUGGAGUGUGUUCAUCCUUUUUGUAACGUUGAACUUGCCACUGCACUGACUGCUAUCUAUUGCCACCCUUGCAAACAAACUGUCUUAAGUCAUUUUGGGGCCAUUUUCAGAUUAUUGGCUAAAUUAUUUUUCAUCGUGUGAUGGUACACCUUUUGGUAUAACUGCCUUUACCAUUUUUGGGUGUGUGUUCUAAUAGUUGCCUUAACCUUUCAGUCUAUCACAAAUUGACUGGAAAAUGAAAGUUUAUUUUGAAAAAUAGAAGAAAUGACUUAGGCAAUUAGUUUAUAAAGGUGAUGAAAUGGCUUUGUUAGGGCAAGGGAGGCAGGCCAAGCACAAGGCUCAAUAUUGAGAGGAAAUUCUCACAACACGCUGCUCUUUUAAACAGAAUGCACAAAGACAGAUGAAGGAGAGUGAUCAGUUGGAUUGGAGUCAUGUCAUGGUCCUCCCCUCCUCUCUCCUCUGUUAUUCAAGGGUUGAUAAUCUAAGUUGUCUGGUGUCACUAAGCACAGUUGGAUGGAUGGAUGUGCACAAGGUGGAGUAAAUUUAUUCUUUUUGUGACAUGACACCAUUGUACUCACUGGCAUUUACUUAUCCCGAUAUCAUUAUAUUUUUACGUCAAGGAGGGCAGGCUAAGGGCAGUAUGCACUCUUAAGAGGAAAGGCCUGCCUGCCAAUCACUGUUCCUACACAAGAAUAUAGAAGAUGCCAAAAACAGCUACCCUAUGAGUCAAGGUCAGAGUGGUGUCUUGAUGCUCCCCUCUCUCCUCUAUUGUUAAAGGGUUGAUAUUCUAAGUUUUUAUUGUUCAUAGCCAUGGAGGAUGGACGUACACCCCGUGGAGUAUGUUAAUUCCUUCAGCCACACUUGACUUGCCAUCACGCGGACUGAUAUCUAUUUGUGAAGGCUUGGUACUCUUAAGUUGUCCAUUGCUUUGCGUUUUUGUCACUCACAACAUUCUUUUUAACAUUGCUUGGCAGUAAUGUACACAUGAUAAACAAAACUAUUGGUUUAUGUCCCUCACUAGCAAAAGCUCCCAACACUUAAGAUAGUAAGACAUUGAUAGUCUUGCAUUCAUGACGAUGGUGAAUAUUUUAUUAUCUGCUGUCUCCCUUUCCUCAUUUGCCCUUAACAGGCAGGCAGAUAGGCAUACCAACACUCCUGGGACCCCUAAAGGUGCACUGACCAAUUGUCAACCCUGGAACACCACUGGCCUGAUACUUUUCUUUAUCAAGUGUAUGUGGCAGUGGCGGAUGUCCUACAACAUUAAUUUAGACACAAAUGUUAGUGAGCAUUCAGUGAAUAUUUGUAGGUAAUAUAUGUGGUUGACAGACUUCCUCAGCUAAAUUUUUUCAUUGGUUAUGCUGUACAUAGUUAAUUAAGGAUACGAUUAUUAUGCUGGAAGAAAUGUUGGGGUUUAGUCUUGCAUCAAAAGCUCAAAUUAUUUAGUGAUCACUAAAUUAAAACCAUUCUUUCUAAUGUAAAUAAAUAAUUUUAAGAUCAUUAUUAUUAUUAUUAUUAUUAUUAUUAUUAUUAUUAUUAUUAUUAUUAUUAUUAUUAUUAUUAUUAUUAUUAUUAUUAUUAUUAUUAUUAUUAUUAUUAUUGUUUUCAUAAUGGUGAAAGGAAUCUUAGAGAUUAUUCUAUCAAAAAGCUCAAAUUAUUUAACUAAGUGCCAUAGACUAUUUGAGUUGUAUCUUAAUAACUGUUAACUUGUUUCAGUAUGAAAUUAAUCUAGUCAUAUGUGUUGAGUAUAGAAGUGGAAUUAGUUGGCAGCCUAGUUAGUCAUGUACAGUGGAGACUAGUGACAACUUAUUCCUGAACCAGGUGUUCCCAAAGGCUUGUGUGCUUGGAGCAGCCAGUCAGGCUCCUGGCAGCAGUUUGGUUCCAGACAGUGAAUGUGUAGGAUGUGACUUAUGACUGAGUCCUAACACGUUCGCAGGCAGCAUUGCACAUCAGAUCCAAUUCAAUGAAUCAAAUCUUCGGCCAAAGCAUUCAUGUAGUCUUAGUGUUUUCAAACAUAAGGUAUGGUCACCAAUUCAUAUGUAUCAUUCCAGUUACUGUAUACACUCAUGCCAGAUUUCAUUGUAAUGGUUCAAGAUUCUAGGGACCCUGAAGGCCUCAAGCCAUGAAGCACUCCAUUCCUCAGCUCUUGAAAGUCUGGCCUCAAUGUCCUUAUCUGUGCCCAAGGCAUUACACAAUCCCUUGUAAAGGUCACCCUCUCCAAGGCUAUGAUACUUUGGAUUGUGAAAAAUUUCAACCUCCUAGAAAAGGCCUCGCUAAAUAUAGCCAUAAAAGAUGGCUAAAAAGGCAGAUUUGUACCCCAGUAUGUAUAAAGAUGUUCAUAGAGCAGAAAAACAGCUUGAAAAUUGAGCUGAGGCAUGACAGUGAUUUAUAGCCAGAAUAUAGAUUGGUGAAUAUUCUUUGCUUUGACAAUUGCAUUCAUUUUCAUAGUUCAGCUCAAUAUUGCAGAAUAUUUUUUAUCCUGAUCUUAGUACUAAGUGGAAUGGUGCAGACAGACUUGUGGGCAUAGCCUCUAUCUUCUGCAGCAUUUAGUUUGCAGUUUGUUCAAGGCCAGUGGGGAUUCCAAUAUUCAUAGAAUAAAAAGGAUAUUGAGAUUUUCAACAAGCCUGCAAGAUGAUGUAACUCGACCCUCAGCUAAACGUUUUAUGGGUUGCUUUGUGGCAUUUAUGAUUUCGGCGCCUCGUGUGUGUGGCGCCCACUCUGUACAUUACCUUUGCGAGGGGAAGUGGUUGUAUAUACGAACUUUGUAUCCCAGGUGGAAAAUUGAAGCAUUGUAGUUUUGUAUUGUGAAACUGAAACUGUAAAUAACUUCCUAGUGUCCACAUUGACAGACAGUAUUACAUAGACUAAUAAUGUAACAAGCAAAGAAACAAGGCAUGUACUGAGCUGUAACAGGGUUGUGUUUGUGAACUGUCCUUCACACUGAGGAAGAGAGAAAAACUGGAAACAUCCAAUGCUGAGCUACAACUUGUGGGCAAGAUACAGAAAGGUUUAAUGGAGGUGCUGCUCUGUUGGCAUCUAGUCUGCAUUAGUCAUGAGCGCCAAGGAGCGGAAAAAGUCACCCUGAAAAAAUGCUGAGACGAGGGAAUGCCGUGAGUGUGUGAAGACAUCCUGCAGUGAUGAAUGUUUGUUUGCCAGGCCAGAUGCUCCCUUCCAGGCAGGACUCAUGGCAGGAGAAGCUUCUACUUUGGAACACUGAGCUGAGGUAUGAAAAGGAAAUGGUCUCAGUAAAGUAUGGCUGUCCAUCUUUAUUUUGAAAGUAGUCAAUUUGUCUUAUGUACUUGAGCUCAACUUUCCAGAGUAUAUUAAUUUAUUUCCCCUACUUUGAGUGCUGGCUGGAGUGGUGCACAUGACUUGGUGCACACAGCCCACGCACAUCUUCAGGGGGACACGUAAUGACUCAGUCAAUCCCUUUCUAGAUAAAGAAAUGUAUAUAUUUAGUAUUUUUUUUAUACACACCUACUUACUUAAGCAGGAGUCAGCCUGAAAGUAUAUAUAUAUUUCAUGUAAAUGAUUGAAUGCUUGAAAGUUUGUGAAUGGCCAGGAUACUUUGUUGUAUGUACGUAAUACCAUUAGUAGUCAGUGUCGUAGUUGAAGUCAUGCCUAUGAUAAUCGUUAUAUGUUUGUUCCCAUGUUUCCCUUUCGCUCUGCAUGUCACGGACGGAAGCCACAAGAGGCGUAACAGCAUGAAAAAAUUACAGUUCUUUUCUUUGUCAAUUUGAUCUUUUCUGUAGCAAGGAUAGUUUUGUUGAGUAGCUUUCUUGCAUUAAAUAAAUACAAGUCAAGAUGUGACAUGAUAGAAGCUUAGAGUGAUGUCUGUAUACAUAGAAUUUUCUGGUACAUACAAACAUAACCAUUUUAAUUUAUCUUAACUAACUUUCUUGUGGCUGAGUCCUCCCAAUUUUGCUGUAGAUUGUGUACUCCAGAAUCCUGACCAAAUAUGGAUUAAUUUAUAUAUAUGUUGAGUAUUUGAACCAAAGGAAAACAUUCUCGCAUAUGAAUAGAGUUAGAAAGAAGGAAAGAAAAGCUGUAAGUAAACUCUAGUGUGUGGGAGAGACCUAUCCGUGAAGAGGCCGAGCCGUGGUCACCGGCAGCCAAUAGUCAGCCCCUGAGCACCGCCGCCUCCCUUGUCCUUGAUCCAGAGUAACGGGGCUCACUUACCUCACCAUUAACCUCAUCAUCAACCUCAUCAUCACUUGCUCUCAUUGGUUCAGGAACAGUUCAAGCAAGACUAAAUUGCAACAUUGCCUGCAACAUGCUGGUCCAUGUCAAAGAAGGCAAAAGACAGUGAUCAAAUUGAGUUCCAACUGUGUCUUGAUAUUCCCCCCUCGUUUAUUCUUCAGUAAAGGAAGCAGCUCAAAGGCUUCGAGAGAAUGUAUUAAUGGCCUUAAAAUUAAACGAUUUCAUGGUUGAGGAAAUCUGCUAUAUCAGAGGGGAGCAAGAAGUGUAACCAACCAAUGAAAAGCCCAAGAAGGGGGUGGUGCAUAGGGACUAGACCUUUGGCAGUGCUAAUUGUGGUGAGGUAGUGGUGAGUGGAGGGGUGAUGACUGGCAAGGGAGAUGAUGAGUGGUGAUGACUGGCAGGGGAGGUGAUGAGUGGUGAUGACUGGCAGUGGAGGUGAUGAGUGGUGAUGACUGGCAGGGUAAGUGAUGAGUGGAGUGGUGUGGAGUGGUGAUGCCUUGUAGAAUCCUUUAAAUUUCAGUUUGGCCUUCACUCUCUGGGGGGCCAAAACAUGAUGACGUCCAGUAAUUUAACAUUGCACUCGGAGGCCAAUAAAAGCAUAUGCACAACACCAAUUUGUACGCGCCAUUCCAGUCAGUACUCGCAUCAGGAAAAGAACAAUUACAUACUCUGGAAAAUGGAGUUGUAGCACAUUAUUAUCAUUAUUAUUACAGUAUUAUUAUUAUUAUUAUUAUUAUUAUUAUUAUUAUUAUUAUUAUUAUUAUUAUUAUUAUUAUUAUUAUUAUUAUUAUUAUUAUUAUUAUUGAGAUCCAUGAAAGGGCAUCAAAAUAAAAUAAAAAGUUGAUAAAGACCCAUACAUAGUCCCCUCAAUGUGCAGACAGGGAUAUAAAAAAGAGACAUUGACACUAAUGUAAGGAGAAGAAUCAAAAGAAGAAAAGAAAUUACAAAAACAAUGCCUAGUGAGUUAAGCAUCUUGAUGGACUAUUAGUGAAGGGAAGAAUGUUAAUUAAUCUUCAUUUGAUAGGAGUCCAGUUCUGUCUAUGUGUCUCAGCUCAGUUUUCCAUAGUAAAGUUUUUCUUUGUGAUAUGUUUGGUCACUGAUUGGAAUGAUAUGUGUGAAUUAGAAUACAUACUCUGUGAUUAGUCGUCAAAAACAUAUGAUCUUCAGUAUUGUUCUGAAGAGCCUCGCUGCAAGUAAAGUCUGAUAAUCAGGUUUAUUUCCCACAGUGCCAAAGGCAUUAUUAAUUAAUUUGUUCAAUGCAAGGUGAGAUCAUGUCAUGCUCAAUGUUGGAAUAUCUUCUUUUCUUUGAUGUUUUCUCAUGUUCUUGAUGUAUUGUAAUGUAGGACAAAACUUCCUUUAAGAAUUCCAAACUAGCAGCAAAGAUCUGUACUGAUAUGCUUUAUGAAUUGCAUUCCUGCCUGAAAAAUUAAGGCAGACUUUAGGGUUUAAAUUUUGAGUCACAUCAACUUGUGUUUGCCAAGAAAGAUUUUACUUCCAGGUCCUGCGUAGCUAAAGAGUAUGAGACAGGUGCCAGUCAAAACAUGUACAUUUUUAGUCCACUAGAGUCUUGAGUCUUGUCAGGGGCUGAGGCAAGCCAGGAAUGGAGACUGAGGCUGAGCCAUGCAUGGUGUGUACCUUACUGACUCUGUAUGUCUGUCUCUGCCUCCACAACACACACACACAUGCACACACAAUAUAUAUAUAUAUAUAUAUAUAUAUAUAUAUAUAUAUAUAUAUAUAUAUAUAUAUAUAUAUAUAUAUAUAUAUAUAUAUAUAUAUAUAUAUAUAUAUAUAUACAUACAUAUGCUGUAAAAGCUUGAUUUAGUGGAAUACUACUUGGUGGGAUAAUUUUAUUCCCCUCUUGCCAUGUAAGUUAGUGGAAAAAUUCCACUAAAUUGAGAGCAUUUCUGCAAAUUGCCGCCGUCGCCGCCGGGCUCCAUGUGGAGUGUCAGUCUGUUGUCGUUUGCCGCCACCAGGACUCCCUCACACUUUAGCGUUUUUAGUGCUUUUAGGUGUGUUUUACACAUGAAUUCUGUACUAAGUGCUGUACUGUGCAGUUGAUAUGUUACUGGAUGAUCCCUAUUUUCAGUGUAAGAUAACAUACAACAACACAGUAGGCAAAGUGUUAGGGGGCUGUGGGGGCCGGAAAAAGCAUUCUCUCGAUUUAGCGGAAAAUUAAAUUUUGUGAACUGGUGCUUGGCUGCAUUAAUUUACUAAAUCAAGCUUCUACAGCAGGGCUACUCAACUGGUGGCCCUCGGUCUGAAUCCAGACUUCUGAAUAUUGUAGCAGGACCCCAGGCUCCAGGAGGAGAAAAAUGUAAUUAAAUAACAUGAAGGUCCAGGCGAUGAAUUCUUGCAGGUGAAUUUCCUCAGCUGACUGUAGGCCCUACAGUCAGUCAAGGAAAUUCACUUACAAGAAUCUAUCGCCAAGACCCUAAUGUUACAUUAAUUACAUUUUUCUCCUCCUGGAGCUUUGGGUCCAGCUACAGUAUUUAUCUGGACCUCUGCAUACAUUUGAACUUGUCUAACUGGACCCUUACUCAUAAUAAUUGAGUAGCCCUGUUCUACAGUGUAUGAUUACAUUUCUGUCUUGUACGAGUCGAAGAUCCAAUUAUUUAUUUCAUUUUUUAAUUUUUAAAAAUUUUGGUUGUGUAGAAAACGUUUACGAUAAGGACAUUAACAAAUUUUGGCAGGGUUGGAUGAAGUCACAAUUAUGUUAAGACGAGGACUUGAAAACUGUCGAUUCAUACAAAGCCUUUCUUUGUACAUUGAUGGCACAGAUGUCUGCACAGCUGUGGUGGUGCAUUGGUGACCAUUAAUUAACACCUUUUUUUGAGGUGUGUUGGCACAAGGCAGGCCUUGGUGUGGUGUGCGUGGUGCCUUGCUGGUAACCAUCAACAUCUGUCCUUAAAGCAGCAGUGGUGUGUUGACACAACUGAACUGACAUUCUGCUAAAUCUGGAUCUGGAUACAUGAUGAUUAAAACUUUCCUUUGGAGCAUCAGUGGUGUGGUGACACAGGACUCACUGGUGACUGUUAACACCUGUCCUUGGAACAUUGAUGAGUGUAUCAGCAUGGCAGUGGUGAAAUGCUGUAAACCACUGAUGAACACCUUUCCUUGGAGCAUUAUUGGUGUGGCGGCCCAGCUUACAGUAUCAACGCCAGGCUGUCCAACACCUCCCUUUGGAGCAUCAGUGGUGUGCCAGCUCAACCCUGUGAUCAGAAGUAUCCCUGGUUUGUGUGGUGACUCACUGAUGACCACAGAUGACUGACAACUUCCUGAACUGCACCUUGUCAGGACUUUUGUUGUGUUGGUUGGAGGUCGGGGCAGCCGCCAGUCACCCUCCAAGUGUUGGCCCAAGCUAAAGUGUUUUGUUCACACCUUGAGGCAAACAUUCCAUUAUUUCUCAACAGCAAACACAAUGUAUAAAGCUCAAUGUGCAAUUUACAUAGUGUGUUUCCAAAUGUUUUAUAAUUAAAUUCAUUAGAAAAUAAAGACAUAUUACUGUA